AUGCUUUACAAUCUAUUUCUCGGAGCCCUUGUGGCAUCUUCUUCACUUCUUGUAUCUGCGCUUCCUUCCACUGAUAGCUCGAAAAUCAAUGCUGGUCUUCGUUUGAUCAAGACCUCUGAAGCUGACCCUGGAAUAUGGGUCACGGAGGAUGAGAAAAUUGAGAAGUAUACUGCUAAGAACAUCAAGUUCAUCGAUAUUACAGAUAUCACAGAUAGCUAUGUUCUGAACUCCCUUUCAGGAGUCAGUGAGAGCACGAUUGUCGAAAGACAAGCUGUUACUUACCCAACCACCUUGACGCAUGUCAGUGAGGGCAACGCAUUCAUCAGCAAGAUAAACAUCACAGUGCCACAGACCACGCUGAGGACCUUCACCGAGUUUACCACUCGCUACUACCGAAGUGCAACUGGUACCCAGGCAUCGACCUGGUUGUUCAACCAACUCUCAAGCAUCGCAGCAGUGAAUUCUGCGAUUACUGUCACCAGGUUCACCCACUCAUUCAACAUGCCUUCAAUCAUCGUGAAGAUUCCAGGGACCAGCACGAAUCUGGUCGUAGUUGGAGCACAUAUCGAUUCCGUUGGCAGUACAUCAACCGGCCGCUCUCCCGGUGCCGAUGACGAUGGAAGUGGCACUGUGACCAUUCUGGAAGCCCUCCGCGUGCUCGCAACUUCCGGCUUCAAACCCAAGAACACACUCGAAUUCCACUUCUACUCUGGGGAAGAGGGUGGUCUUCUUGGUUCUGCAGCUAUCUUUUCCAACUACCGCUCAGCCGGCAAGCGAGUCCUCGCCAUGCUGAACCAAGACAUGACGGGAUAUUCGCCAGGUGGAAAGCCUGUUGUGUUCACAGAUUAUACGAAUGCGGCGUUGAACACGUAUAUGCGUCUGAUUAUCAGGCAGUAUACUGGCAUCACGGCGGGCACGAGUAGUUGUGGCUACGGGUGCUCUGAUCAUGCGAGUGCUACCUCGAAUGGGUUCCCUGCUUCUUUUGUCCAUGAAGACACGAUGGAUGGAUCGAGCCCGUACAUUCAUUCUGCAAAUGACGCUUAUAGCACGAUCCAGUGGGAUGCUGUCUUGCGCCAUAUCAAGCUUACAAUCGGGUUCUUGACCGAAGCAUCAUAUCUUUGA